AUGGGUACUUGCUUUUACGGCUGGAAUUAUCAUAACAGUAUAAGGGUGGAGGGUAGAAUUCUUUUAAUAUGGAAGGAAAGUUGGGUCAAGGUGGAAGUCAUUAAAGACCAUCAUCAAUUUCUUCACUGUAAAGUUAAAUUCUGUAUCACUGGUCAGGAAUUUUGCUUCACAGUGGUGUAUGGAUCUAAUCAAUUGGAUACUAGGAAACUGCUCUGGUCUAAAUUGUCUUCUUUGUCUCUUCCAAUUAAACCUUGGCUUAUUAUGGGAGAUUUUAAUGCUGCUUUUGACCCUAAUGAUAGAAGAGGUGGCAGGUGUAUUCUGCAUAAAGAGCUUGAAGAUGCUAGAAAUUGGCUUGAUCAUGGGCUGGUGGAAGAAAUGAAAUUAUUGGGUACUUUUUACACUUGGUCCAAUAAUCAAGAAGGGGAUAAACGAAUUUACUCUAAACUAGAUAGAGUUUUUGUCAAUGAGGACUGGCUGGAUGGCUUUCCAUCUGUUAUUGCAGUUGCUAGUUGGGAGCAUGAUUUGAAAAAGUUCAACUGGAGAAUAAUUGGAGAUGUGGCCAGAAGCUAUGAAGACUGUAAAACUGAGUUUCAAAAGGCUCGGUAUGAUCUUUUCUCAGACCCUCGGAAUCAGACUUUAGCUUCAGCAGAGAGAGUUGCUUUUCAGAGAUUUAAACAACAAGAAAAGGUUUAUGGCAGCUAUCUUAGACAAAAAAGUAAGAUGGAGUGGAUCCAAUUUGGCAAUGAAAAUUCUUCAUACUUUCAUGCCUAUAUAAAGCAACGGAAGAGAGCUAAUAGGAUUGCUUAUUAUAUAUCUGAAGAUGGUAAAGUUGAGGACAGUUAUCCAAAGGUUAUUUCUCACUUUCUUAACCAUUUUAAAUCAGUCCUGGGUUGUUCUAUCAAAGCUUCAGGGAAAGUCGAUUAUGUUAUAUCUGAUUUGGGACCUGUUUUGAGUGUUGAAGACCAGUUGGCUCUCAUCAAACCUUUCUCAAACAAAGAUGUUAAAACAGCUAUGUUUAGUAUCAGCUUUAUUAAGAGCCCAGGUCCAGAUGGUUUUGGGGCGGGAUUCUUCAAAAGCUUAUGGAAAGACAUGGGGAAGGAGAUUUCUAAGGCUGUUCUUGAAUUUUUUUGA